AUGGUUGGGACCAUACAGCCCCAUAAGGAUGCUUUGGUGGUAACACUGAGAAUUGGCGAGUACGAUGUCAGAAUGAUGAUGGUUGAUCAAGGUAACGCUGUGGAUAUAAUGUAUCCAGACUUGUACAAGGGGCUAGGUUUGAAGCCAAAGCCAAAGGACUUAACAACCUACAAUUCUCCUCUAGUAAGUUUUGAGGGAAGGAUGGUCGCUCUCAAAGGACUGAUCAGGCUGCCUGUGCAAGCAGGUACAGAUGUGGUGGAGGUGGACUUUAUUGUCGUAGAUGUUUUUUCUCCGUACACGGCUAUUAUGGGCAAACCUUGGCUUCACACCCUUAAAGCGGUCUCAUCUACUCUGCAUCAGAAGGUGAAGUACCCGUCCGGAGGCCAAGUGUUGGAAAUAGUAGGGAGUCAGGCGGCUGCUUGGCAAUGCCUAGUAGCGGCUAUACAGCGUCGGCCAGAAGCAGAAACCUCGGCUACGACCGACAAUGAGUUAUAG